GACUAACUAUCUCAAAGUUUGGAUUGGUGGGACAAUUAUUUAUUACAAGAAGAGGAUAAUAACAAUUGUAUUUGAUGUUUACCGUGCUUGUCGCUAGUGGCUCGUGGGUAGCAUUUAAGCAUAGGUCAGUGCUUGUGUCUACGAGCUCGAGUGAUCGAGCACAUAUUCCAAACUUAACACCAAAAAAAAAAAGAGAAAAAAAAAAAUCUAUGAUGUGAGGUAUUAUUAAAUACCUUUUUUUUCCUUAUUAGAACAGUAAUACACUAAUACAGUAUUCAUAUGUCUUUAAUUUAUUUAUUCACUAUGUAUCUAUUUCAUUUUUUUUUUUUUGUAAUUAUAAAAUGGUUGUAGAGUAGAUUUGAAGUUUUUAAUGAAUCAUUAAACUGAAUUCAGUCAUUGUGAUUUUGAUAGCACAAUACUAGUCAAGCUUCAAACCAUUAACAACUCUCCAUUCCUUCUCUUUAGAGUCAUACCACAUAAAUCCAAGAGGAGCGAGAGUUAUACACAUCACAUUUUUUUUUUUUUUUGAAUAAAAUGUUAAAUUAAAUUCAAGAAAAAAAUAACAUUUGCUAGUACAUUGUUAUACUUCUAAAACUGAGAAAUUUGAAGACUGAGAAUACAAGAGAUUGGCCUUAGAGUCUAGAUGCAAACCAAGCUUGUAAGCCUGAGUUGUAUCUGUGAUCGUCCGUACCCCGUAUCGCGGAUAGUUUGUUUCGAAUCUGCUUGUCAAUCCAUAUGGCUAGCUGACUUGCUGGAGUUUGUUUCUCGCCAUGUUAUAUACAUCACAUUAUCUAUCAUACACACACAUCUAACUUCUUUAUUGCAAUAGUGCUCACAUGUACCAUCUUUCGGAUCAUAAACUAUCACUUGUUGUCCACAACUCCUCGCAUAAAUUUUUCUCUCUAGUCCUCAUGGGCUUACCACGGACAUAAAUAUAGGCGACUUUAAUAUGAGUUUGGAUUGGGAUUUUGGCGACACUUCCCAAGUUUCUGUCUUUUGUGUCAAACACUUCCGGCUUGAUCUCUACGUACGCACCCCGUAAACCGGUUCCUUGAAACAUAAUUGUAAUGACCACCAAGGCACCAACGAAGUAGAUCUCAUGAGUCAUGACCAACCAUGAGAGCAGCUAAGCAUGGCUCUAGCUGAGUUAACCGAGUAAUUACUCUAUUUUUUUCCAAGAGUAGUUAGUUCAGAGGAUAGUUAACCGAGUCCUAAUCUUUAGGAAAAAGUCAACAAAAUAAUAUUUGUACGACUUUAAAAAAAGAAAAAGAAUUUGUAUUGGGGCAGUGACUUCGAGGUCGGAGCUCCGACUAUAAAUACCACCAAUUUCCUUUUUUCUUUAGUUCGAACAAAUCAUUAUAUUCUCGGCGGGAAAUUUAUCGACGUCUCUUCAUCUUCUCGCCGCCGUUAGGGUUUCUUCGUUUACAAUCUCUUCGUUACCACUUUCCGUUUCUCAGGUGGGAUCAUCAUCAUGAGAAACUCGGUGAAACGGGAAGCGAAAUUAACCAGAGAUCGCAGCAGCAGAAGAGAAGCCGGUGAGUCCUCUGAGAGACCGAAAAUCGUGAAGAAGGAGAAGCAGAGUAAAACCGUUAUUGCUUCAUUACGGCCUCAAGAACCACCGAUUCAGGAAGAGGACGAACAAGGAAUUGCUGAUCGGAGAGCUAUAAGAUCUCAGUACCUUGCUCUUACCCAUCAGAUUAAAGAUGCUAAAGAUGAUUUGACAAAAAUUGAUUCUGACAAGUUUAAGCGUAUCAUUAAUGAGGUUGAGAAUUUGCAUCAGAAAGUUAAGAAGCCUAGAGAGCAAAUUGCUGAUGCGGAGGCGCUUUUAGAUUUAGCGAAUAGUGUGGUUUCAUCGGUGAAAUCGCAAUCUGCUCAUGGAGGUGUUUCUCCAGCUGAGUUUGUUAAUGCCUUGAUCAAUGGGUUUGGGAAAACUUGUUUAAGAAUUGAUGCUGAUGACAAUACACAAGUGUCAUUGAAGUGGAAGGACCUUGGGUUUACGGUCUGCUCUACAGUUAUGGUAUCAUGUGGUUGUACAACAAUGAUGGGUCCUAUGGAUAGUGAAUUGAAACAAAGGAAAAGGUCAGUGGGCAACAGAAAACGUACAAAGCCUGGUGUUGGUGUUAAGCCAGAGGAGGUUGAUGAUAAAGAAGGUGAAAAGAAAAGUGAUACAGACAAUAACAUGGCAGUAAUGUUUAACAUCUUGAGGAAAAACAAACGUGUCAAGAUUGAAAAUUUGGUGCUCAAUAGGAAAUCAUUUGCUCAGACAGCAGAGAAUGUGUUCGCACUAUCAUUCUUGGUGAAAGAUGGACGAGUUGAGAUAACUGUCGAUAACAAUGGUUCUCAUUUCGUUGAGCCAAGGAAUGCUCCUGCAGCAAACCUGGUGCUGUCAGGGGAGGUCGCUUACAACCAUUUCGUACUUAGAUUUGAUUACAAAGAUUGGGAGCCAAUGAGCACAAUGGUGGCAGUGGGAGAGGAGCUGAUGCCACACAGGGAAACCAAAGUCGCACAAGAUUCAAGAGAACUGUCGAGGAAACAAGGUUCGGUGAUUCAAGAUGAAACGGUUGUCGAAGAUUCUUCUAACAUCGAAGGCGAUAAUAAAGAUAGUCAUAAUGGUGGAUUACCCCGGAAAUGCAAGAUCAGGAAGACUGAUCACUUGUGAAGAUGGUUCGUGAAUUGAAAAGUCUUUUUUUUUUCUUCCUUUUUUCAAACUAAUCCUUUUGGGGUACAUAGCAACUUUUUUUUUUAUAACCUAUGGUUUUGAUUUGGUAGGAGGCAUGUUUUAUUAGGUAGAAAGAUACUUAAUGGAUUGCUUCUGGUUAGGAUUGUUAUUUUGGUUGAUGGUAGGUUUUGGAAGUUACAGAGAUGCCUAUUGAGAGCAUAAUUUGAGCUAUCUUCCUCCUUAACGUGUGGCUUUAUUAUUGUUCUUUUAAUUUUUAGUAAAUUUCACUUUUGAUCUCCUGGAUCAGUGAAAAACAGAUAUCAGUCAGUCUAUUGUCCAAGAAAAAUUGUGUUCAUAUAUCACCAUUUUAUUCGGUUAUGAAGAUUAUAGAACAUGACGCGGUUCCUUCCAUAGUGCAUUUCAUCUACUUCAGCGGUUAAACCCCGACGAUUA